AUGGAGAGGUACAGGUCCAACGGAGGGGAGCAUGUUAACACCGCUUAUGAUUCCACCCUGGACGAACCUCCUCUCUACGAGGAGUCGAACCGCUCUAAUGGGGACCACCGCAUGGUCCGGCCCUCGGUGAUCAGCGCCUUUGGUCAUGACACUUUGGACCGACUGCCCCACGUUGACUUCUAUCGCAAUGCGGGCAGCGUGAGUGGUCACCGGGCUGUGCGCCCGUCCCUGCAGGAGCUCCACGAUGUGUUCCAGAAGGUGAGCAAAGGAGCUAUCGAUGUGCCGGACACUGUGGAGGACGAUGACGAGGGGAGUGACGGGACCCCCUCUGAUGACCUGGAGUCUGCCGUCCCAUUCGAAAGCGACAAAGGAGCAGUAAAGUUUGGCUGGAUAAGGGGCGUCCUGGUGAGAUGCAUGCUGAACAUCUGGGGUGUCAUGUUGUUCAUCCGUCUGUCCUGGAUUUUUGGUCAGGCAGGCUGGGGUCUGGGGAUCGUGGUUAUCGUUCUGAGCUGUGUGGUCACCACCAUCACUGGCCUCUCCAUGUCUGCCAUCUGUACUAACGGUGUGGUCAGAGGAGGAGGAGCGUACUACAUGAUAUCUCGCAGUUUGGGACCGGAAUUUGGCGGGUCGAUCGGUUUAAUUUUCGCCUUCGCCAACGCGGUGGCUGUGGCCAUGUACGUGGUGGGAUUUGCUGAGACGGUGGUUGAGCUGCUCAAGGAUAACGCUCUCAUCAUGGUGGAUGAACUGAAUGACAUCAGGAUCAUUGGAUGUAUUACGGUGGUGUUGCUGUUGGCCAUAUCAGUGGCUGGAAUGGAAUGGGAAGCCAAGGCACAGAUACUCCUGCUCAUCAUCCUGCUGGUGGCCAUAGUGAACGUAUUUGUAGGAACAUUCAUUCCUGCAACCGAUGACCAGAAAUCCAAAGGCAUCUUCAACUAUGACUCGAGAAUCUUCAUGGAGAAUUUCGCUCCGGAUUUUAGAGGCACAGAGACUUUCUUUUCAGUGUUCGCCAUCUUUUUCCCCGCUGCCACCGGGAUCCUGGCUGGAGCAAACAUCUCUGGCGACUUGCGGGAUCCACAGGCAGCCAUUCCUAAAGGUACCUUGCUGGCCAUCUUGAUAACGGGUGUCACCUACCUGGCUGUGGCCCUCUGCGUCUCUGCCACUGUUGUCCGUGAGGCCACUGGAAACAUAACUGACCUCGUUACUCCUGGAAGACCAUGCGACGGUCCAGCCGUGGCUGCGUGUGAGCUCGGCUAUAAUUUCUCUUCCUGCUCAGUGGAAACAUGCCAGUUUGGCUUGCUGAACAACAAUCAGGUCAUGACCAUGGUAUCCGGAUUCGGUCCCCUCAUUAUUGCCGGAACCUUCUCAGCCACCCUUUCUUCAGCCCUGGCUUCCCUCGUCAGCGCACCCAAAGUCUUCCAGGCCCUGUGCAAAGACAACAUCUACAAGAUCCUGCACUUCUUUGCCAAAGGAUACGGCAAGAACAACGAGCCAAUCCGCGGCUAUGUCCUCACAUUUCUCAUUUCUGUGGCCUUCAUUCUCAUUGGUAAUCUCAACACCAUUGCUCCUAUCAUCUCCAACUUCUUCCUGGCAUCAUAUGCUCUCAUCAAUUUCUCCUGCUUCCAUGCCUCCUACGCCAAGUCUCCAGGUUGGAGACCAGCAUAUAAAUACUACAACAUGUGGCUGUCCCUGCUGGGCGCAUUGCUCUGCUGCGUUGUCAUGUUUGUCAUCAACUGGUGGGCUGCUCUGCUCACAUACGGCAUUGAAAUCCUCCUCUACAUAUAUGUCACAGUCAAGAAGCCAGAUGUGAACUGGGGUUCGUCCACGCAGGCGGUGACAUUUGUGAGUGCAGUCGGCAACGCUCUGUCUCUGUCUGGUGUCGAGGAUCACGUCAAGAACUUCAGGCCACAGAUCUUGGUACUGACAGGUCCAACACGGACCAGACCAGCUCUCCUGGACCUGGCUCACUCCUUCACUAAGAACUAUGGACUCUGUCUCAACUCUGAAGUCUUUGUGGGCCCGAGAUCAGAGGCCCUGGAAGAGAUGAACGCCAACAUGGAGAAGAACCAGCUGUGGCUUAGGAAGACCAACCGCAAGUCCUUUUACAGUGCCGUGGUCAGUGAGAGCUUCAGGGACGGAGCGGAGAGCCUGCUGCAGGUCUCUGGUCUCGGCCGUAUGAAGCCCAACACAUUAAUGAUGGGCUUCAAGACAAACUGGAGGACUGCGGGCUCAGAGGCAGUGCAGAGCUAUGUGGGAAUACUCCAUGAUGCCUUUGACUUCGAGUACGGGACGGUGUUGCUGAGGAUAAACGAGGGACUUGAUGUGUCGCACAUUGUCGAGGCAGAAGAGGAGAUGCUAAAGGCAAUGAAGGAGCAAGAGGAGCUGGAAAACGAGAUGAUGCCGAACGGAGGGAAAUCAAGAGGACUGUUCAAGAAGUCCAGGAAGCAAUCUCAGACAGUGCUCACCACCAGAGUGUCGGUGUGCAGCCCUCCUCCCCCGCAGGUUGCCAAGAUGAAUGAGAGGCUGGUGGAGGCCAGUGCUCAAUUCAAGAAGAAACAGCCUAAAGGCACCAUUGAUGUGUGGUGGCUGUUUGACGAUGGAGGUCUUACCCUGCUGCUCCCCUACAUCCUCACUACCAGGAAGAAGUGGAAGGACUGUAAAUUAAGGAUCUUCAUCGCAGGGCAGCCUGGGCGCAGUGAGCUGGAUAAAGAGGAGAUGAAGUCUCUGUUGCAUAAAUUCAGAAUUAAGUGCAGUGACAUCAAUGUCAUUGAUGACAUCCAUGUCCAGCCGUCCUCUGACAGCUUGAGGGAUUUAGAGGAAAUGAUUGAGCCCUUCCGUCUGCAUGAGUCUAAAGACAGAGGUCAGGCCGAAGCCAAGCGGAAAGAGCAGCCCUGGAAAAUCACUGACGAAGAGCUGAGCACCUUCGAGGACAAGACAAACCUCCAGGUGCGACUGAAUGAGUUGCUUCAGGCAAACUCCAAAUCCGCCAAUCUGAUCAUUGUGAGCAUGCCCAUUGCUCGUAAGGAAUCCGUCUCUGACUUCCUCUACAUGGCCUGGCUGGAAACUCUGACUAAGGACCUUCCACCCACCCUGCUCAUCAGAGGCAACCAAAAGAGUGUGCUUACUUACUACUCAUGA